ACCUCAAUUGGGCUCCGGCCCGUUUCAAGCUCUUCUGUAGUUCUAUUUGGUAUAUUUACAUUUUACACACACCACACAAGCUCUCUAUUACAAGCGGGUUCUUAGAUCAGAAGCGGCGCUAGGUUUCUUUCUCUGUCAAGAAUCUCUUUGGUUUGAGAUUGAAUGAUGGCAAAUGAGGACUAUGAGGAUGUAUUGUUUUCAGACUACGAUGACUUCAUUUCUAAAUAUGAAGAUGAAGAUGAAGAUGGCGAACCUGAUAUUGGUCCCGGGUUUGAGUGGAGUUCUGAUCCCCUCCUCAAAGUCAAACUCUCUCACCCUUCUAAAAUUCCUCGCCCUAGCCCUACCCCUAUCCCUACCCCUCCCCCUACCAUCGACUCCAACCUUCAGCCUCAGCCUCGGAUCAUAGAGCUAGACCCAUUCAAUGUGCCAAAAUGGCUCUCAGAGACAGAGAUUUCUGAGGAGCAACGAUAUGAAUAUUCUGUCUAUGGAGAGAUGCUGUUAGACCGCUACAACCAAGUUAAGGGCACGGAUUUUGAAUUUGUGAGACUUGUGAAGAGGAAACUAUUUCUUGCCGCUGGUGUAAGUGUUAAAAUUCAAUUUGAGGCCAAGCCCAGAGCUGCUGCUGAGUACACCCUGAAAACCUUUGAAGCUUUCGUGUUCAAGGAUGCUGUCUAUCAUAAAGUGUGGCCCCAGAGUUGCCGACUAGUUAGCCCUAAUCGUGACUCUGUGUAUGAUGAAGAAUAUUGCCGUCCCAAUGAUGAAGAAUAUCGCCGUCCCAUGUGCACUUAUGAAUGGUAAGCGACUUUGGUCCUCCGAGUUUGCACUUAUGAAGUGCUUGAUGGUUGGGUGGUGAUCGUAAUUGAUUGUAUUAACUUUCUGUUUUUUGGUUUGAAUGACCUGCAACCAAUAUUGCAAAUUUUAUAUAAUCAAAAUUAUUAGCGACUCUCUCUUGCA